AUGUUUGGGGGUAUUGGGGGGGUGGUUAUUGGGGUUGGUGGGUUAGUAUUAGAUUGGAUGUGGGGGGGGUGUGGUUGUGGGUGGAGGAGGAAAGGUGGUUUUUGGUUUUGGGGGAUAGUUUAUGGUGUAUUAUGUGGGUGGGGGUUAGGGUUUUGUGGGUUUUGGGGGGUGGGGGGGAUAUGGGUGUGUGGAGUUAUUGAGUGGGGGUGGGUAUUGGGGGGGUUGUUUGGUGGUGGGGUGGUGGUUGUGGUGUUGGGGGUUGGGGGUUGGUUGGUUGGGUGGGUGGGUGUGGUGGUUUGGUGGGGGGGUGUGGUGUGGGGGUGUUUGGGGGGGGGUGUGGGGGUGGUUGGUGGGUGUUGGGGGUGGUGGGGUGGUGGGGUGGGGGGUUGGGGUUGGGGGUUGGUUUGGUUGGGUUUGGUUGGGGGAUUAUUGUUGUGUAUGUGGUUGGGGGGUGUUGUUUGUUGGUUGGGUUUUUGGGGGGGGUGGGGGGGGUGGGUGGUUGUGUGUUGUUGUUUUUGUGUUUGGGGGGUUUGGUUGUGGUGGGAGGUUGGUGUGUGUGUGGUGGGGGGUGGGGGUUGGUGGGUUGUUGGGGUUGUUUGGGGUUUGGUAUGUUUUUUUGGGGGUUGGUGGUUUGGUGUGGGGGUGUUUGGGGAGUGUUGGGGUGGAUUGGUUUGUGGGGGGUGGUGUGGUGGGGGUUGUUGUGGUUUUGUUGUUGGGUUUGGGGGGUGGUGGGGGGGAGGUGGGGUGGGUGGGGUGGGGGGGGUUUUGUGGGUUUUGGGGGGGGGGGGGGUGGGUGUUGUGGGGGGAUGUGUGUUGUUUGUGGGGUGUUUGUUUUGGUUUUGGGUUGGUGGAGGGAGGGUGGUUGGUUAUUUUUAUGUGGGUGGGGUUUUGGUGGGGGGUUUGUGUGUGUGGGUGGGUUUGUUUAGUGGUGUGGUGGGGGAGUGUGGGGGGGGGGUGUUUGGUGUGGGUGGGGUUUUUUGGUGUGUGGGUGUGGUGGUUGGGUGUUGUGGGUUGUUGUGGUUGGGGGGUUGUGUGUGUUGUUUGUUUGUUGGGGUUGUUGUUGGGGUUUGUUUUAUUUUUGUUUUAUGGUUGGGUUGGUGGGGUGGUGUGGGGGGGUGGGGGAUGGGGGGGUGUUGUGGGUGGGGGGGUGGUGGGUUGUGGUGGGUUGGUUGGGGGGGGGGUGGGGGUGGGGGGGGGGGGGGGUGGUUGGGGUUUGGGGGUGGGGGGUGUGUGUUGGUUUGGGUGUGUGUUUGUGGGUGGGGGGGGAUUUUUGGGGUGUGGGGGUGGGUGGUGGGGGUGGGGGGGGGGUGGGGGGGUGGUGGUGGGGGGGUGGGGUGGUUGUGGGGUGGUUUGGGGGUGUGGGUGGGGUGUGUUUGUGGUUUGUUUUUUUUUGGGUGGUGUGUGUGGUGUGGGUUUUUGGUGGGGGUUGGAGUGGGGGUUUUUGGGUGUAGGUGUUUUUGGGUUUGGGGGUGUGUUGUGGGUGGUGGGUUGUUGGGGUGGUUGGGUUGUGUUGUGGUGUUGGUGUGGGUGUUUGGUGUGUUGUUGGUUUGUUGGAUUGUUGGAUGGUGUUGUUGUGGUGGGUGUGUGGGUGGGUGGUGGGGGGGGGGGGUGGGGGGUGGGUUUUGGUGUUGUUUGGUGGAUGGGGUGGUGUGGUUGGGUGGGUUUGUGGGUGUGUUGGGGGGGGGGGGUGGGUGGGGGUGGUGGGUGGGGUUUUGGGUUAGGGGGGGGGUGGGGGUUUGGUGGUGUUUGUGGGGUUUGGGGGGGGGGUUUGGGGUUUGGGGUUGGGGGUUGGGGGUUUGGGGGUGGGUGUUUGGGGGUGUGGGUAUUGGGUGGGGGGUAGGGGUUUGGGGGGGUUUUUGGGGGGGUUGUGGGUGGGGGGUUUGGGGUUGGGGGGUUGGGGUGGGUUGGGUGGUUGGGGGGGGGUUGGGGGGUUGGGGUUGUGGGGGUUGGGGGGGGGGGUUUGGUGGGGUUUGUGGUGUGGGUUGGGGGGUUGGGGGUUGUGGGGUUGGGGGUUGUGGUUGGGGGGGGGUUGGGGGGGUUGGGGGUUGGGGUGGUUGGGGGGUGUGUUGUGGUGGUUUGGGUUGGGUUGUGUGUGGUGGGUUUUGGUUGUGGUUGUUUUGUUGUGUGGUGUGUGGGGGGUUGGGUUUGUGUGGGUGGUUGUUGGGUUGUGGGGGGUGUGUUUUGGGGGUGUUGUGUUGUGUGGGUGUGGGUUUGGGUUGGUGGGGGGGGGGGUUGUGGUGGGUGGGUGUGGUGUGGGGUGGGGGUGGGGGGGUGGUGGUGGGGGUGUGGGUUGGUGUGGGGUGUGGGGGUGGUUGUGGGUUGGUGGUGUUGUGUGGUGGGGUUUGGUGGUGGGUUGUGGUGGGUUUGGUGUGGUUUUGUGGUGGGGUUGGUGGUGGGUUUUGUGUGGGGGUUGGUGGUGGGUUUGGUGUGGGGGGUUGGUGGUGGGGGGGGGUUGGUGUGGGGUUUGUGGUGGGUUUGUGGUGGGGUUUGGUGGUUGUUUGGUGGUGGGGUUGGUGUGGUUGGUGGGGUGGGUUUGGUGUGGGGUUUGGUGGUGGGUUUGUGGUGGGUUUUGUGGGUGGGGGUUGGUGUUAG